AUGGAGACUUACGGGAAGAAGAAGAAAAACGCUCUGAUGGGCUCGUUUGCUUCUCUUAGAAACAACCAGCAAAUCAAAGCAAAUAAGAGUAGAGCUAGCAACAGAGAGUCAAGCACGCGCCAGUUGUCGGCCUUUCACUCUCCGGCCGGCACCGAAGAACAGCAAUCAGUCGGAGAGACCCCGAGUGAGGACAAUGGUGGAUCGACAGAUGAGAUUGCCAUCAAUGAGCCACGCGAUAAGCCCAUGGCCGUCGAGAACGCCUUACCACAAUUGCCCAGUCUCAAUUUUAGUGAGAACGAGAUGUGUAUCACGGGCAAGAGUACAGUCACCGAUACUGACUUUAAUGGGACCGCCAAACCUUCAUUGCACUCAAGAAAGAAUCCAGCGCCCCCUAUUCCUAGAAAAUCUUCCAAGAGACAGACCGCGUUGAAUAAGACAUCUCGCCGUAGAAGCCCAACCAAGGAGUCUCAAACUCGAAGAUUCCCAAAAGGACCAAUUCUUCGGGCAUCGGGCGGUCUUGACGAGCAAUCACGCUUAAUUGUCAGUCCUUCUGAUCCAAAUACAAUUAAUACUUCUGUUGCGCAAACAUUCAAGGCAAUGGAAGAACUCAAACCAGGAUCGACAAAUACUUUGGUCGUCGAAAAAAAGAGAAGAUUAAAGGCCGGGACUUUUCUUAAGGUUAAAAAUGUAUUACAAGGAAGCUUUCGCCGUAGGAAGAAUGAUAAUAGCCAAGAAAAUCAUUUGGUUCAGCCGCCCUUCGUCAACCCACCAACAAUUCAAGAACAACCUGAUAGACGCUCGGAAUCUCUUAAUGGCACAGACCUGAGACUUAAUGAAGUACAAAACUUGAAGGAAAAUUCCAGGCUGCAAAAGAUGACAGAGAAUCUCAAAAUUCCCAGAAAGCCACUUAACAGUGAUGUAAGAUCUUUCCACAGUCAGAAUUCUGCACUCACAGACCCAUUUACCGAGCCACCAAGUUCAAGUGAGCAAGUUAUGCAACUUUCAACCUUCAGUAACCAGAUGCCUGAAAUUGGAUCCGCGCCAAAAUUUCCAAGUAUCGAUCGCGCAACUAAGAAGUCUUCAGCCCACCAAAGCAACAGAGACUUCGAUGAUCUAGACUCACUACUUACUUCUAGUCCCUUGGCCCAAUCGACACCAAGAUUGCGGCUAGUGUGUAACCAUACUGAUCCAGACAGGACCAGGAGAAUGCACAAAGUGGACGCAGGCUCACCAUCUGUCCUCGACCACGACACGUUUGCUGAAGAUAGUGAAGUCUACCAAGGCAUGCUGGCAGGUAGCCCGAUCAAGCUCAGAGAACAGGCCCAGCCUGAGCACCUUCGAAAUAUUGUUCAGCAUGUUGGAUUAUUAAGAGAGAAGACAGUCAAUAACUUCGUCGCUGCCGUGCAAACAUUAUCCGGAUCUACAAGUGAUUCAGGCUUUGCUCCUCUCAAUCGAAAGUGGAAGAAGAACCCGUCUCCAAGCAAGGCAAGAUUGGAAGAAUUAAGCAGGCGUCUUCCAUAUUUCCCUGACCCAGAACCUAUUCUCUACCGUAACCACAAGCAUAAGGAUAGCAAAGACAUCAACAAAGAAACUUUUGCUUCACGUGAAAAGCGUAAGACCGACGAUCAAGAGAAUAAGGAGCUCUUGGAAGGACUUCUCACAUCGGAUGAGGAUGAGCAAAGCUCAGAGCAUGGAACGGAGGAAGAGGAGUUCUCACAGAAACUACAGACCCUCAAUAGGGCAUCAACGUCCUUGCCUCUAAUUAACCUAUCAUCUAGACCCAUAUCAUUGAGCCAAUCAUCCCCAACCCUUGGCGUUGAAGGUUUGGAGGUAAGAGUUUCUGCUCAGCCUAGAAAUCUAAUGGACCAAGAUGACUCGAUGAUGGAUCUGGAUGAAUUACAGUCAGUUCAAGAAUCUUCUCCACCCCAAACAUUUUACGAUAAUGUGGGCAAUGGCGACCUGAUCGAAUUUUAA